AAUCCCCUUUAAAGUUAGAUGAAGUGCCUUUGCUUCCACCUGAUUUCCAAGCUGUAAGAACGUCAGAGUUUUUACAAAAAAAUUUCCCUAAGCCAGUGCAGUUGUCUGAUAUAUAUGUCGGAACAACUCUAAUCCGAAGUUUCAUUGCUACUGCUUCUGUGGAUAGAACAAAACUUUGAGCCCGAUUCAAAUGAAUCCGCAGCGCUGCACCACCCGCCCAGGUUAAAUUCCCACUGAUGUGUCGACUAAUUCUACAUCCAACCUUUUCGGCAAACAGGAAGCGUCUUCAUUUCUCUGCAAUAUUUACAAGAGCCAGUCAACAGUGUUCUGCAGAAGAUUUAGUACCUUGGAAGUUACCAACCACCUCAAGAACCCAGGAUACAUGGAAGUUUUCUGUAUGACCUCUUCUAUGCUAAGAUACAAUUCCAAGACAUGAAGUGAUCUUCAUUCCUCUGCAAUUUUUACAAGAGCCAUUCAACGGUGUUUUGCAGAAGAUUUAGUACCUUGAAGGUUACCAACCACCUGAAGAACCCAGGAUACAUGAGAAGUUUUCUGUGUGAUAUCUUCUAUGCGAGGAAAUCACAAGUUAUUGCAGUUGGUGGUAGCACCUCCUGGUUUGGGAAACUCGAGGUGAUUGCACCAUGAGUACGUUUUGAAUGUGUCAAUGAAAAAUGAACUUUGGCUAUAUGUACUCUUCUGGCUGGGUGUCAAUCGUCAUGUUCAGAUGAACCUGUUGACAACCUCUUUUUAAUUUAAAUUGGAGCCAAAGUAGUAACAGUGUUCUUGGAACAAAAAAAGUACGAAAAGAUGAAAAAUAGUAUCAUUUAUUCAUAUGAAGUUUCAAAUAUAUCAUAAAGAAGCAUGUGUAGAGAACUUACUUAGUCCAAUUAACGAUAGUUGCUUUCGUGCCA